AAAAUAAUAAAAAAUGUUAAUUACCAAAUGAAAAAAAUCAAACCUCUGAUUAUUAUUAAUAUGGCAAUCUUAAAUUGAAAAGUCUAAAUCAACCAAUAAUAUAUUGAGUGUGUAUCAUAUGCUUGAUUCAAAUAUGAAGUAGGCAAAAUUUAAUUCAAAUUUAGAGAUUUAGGUAUUGGAAGAAACUGAAUGGAUUCGUAAACAGGAUAUGGCAAAGAGGUGCUUGUAAUAGGCAACGUUAGGUAAGUGGAUUCCUGUGUGAUAUGUCUUGUUUAUGCUCAUUGGGAUGUUUUGUCCUUCUUGUGCAUCUUUAACUUUCUUUUGAAAUCUCUAGGUGCUAGAUUGGUGAUCUUCAAAUUUCAAAGCAAAUGGCACCACCCAUUUCUUAAUCGACAAAGCUUUUCUAUAACAGAUUCUUUUAAUCUCUUCAAGCACAAAGCUAGGACAAGACCACUGUGAGAUAUGAGGAAACAAUCAUCAUAAAGUAUAUAUGAGUUAGACUCCUCUCGAAAUAUUCACAAUAUAAUUCAAAUUCAGAGAUUUAGGCAUCGGAACAAACUGAAUGGAUUCUUAAACAGGAAAUGGCAAAGCGGUGCUUGUAACAGGCAACAUUAGAGUCAACAUUCAGGGCUGGAAUAAUGUAUGCAUCCACUACUGAGGAUGCUUCUCUAAAAUCAAACAUGUUUUCCUUGAGUGGGUCUAAAUUCUUUGGAGCCAUCAGUCGCAGCAUAAAUUUAGGUGGACAAAGUGCUCUUGCUUUGCGUUUGCUCUUAGCAAUUUUCUCAUCCAAGAUAUCUUCUGGCGCAAAUCGAUCAUUUGGAGACGAGUUCCGUGCUGCUAGGAAGGUUUCUGAAGAUAUUGGUGCUCAAAUUGUUCUGGGUGAUCGUCCAAUUGAGAUUACUCUAGAAAGAGCUUGGAGUUCUCUUAAUUGGAGUGAAAAAUUGAGAUUGGUUAUGUCACUUUUUCGUGGUAUAUCUUCAUCAUCAUCUGAACUUCCUGAAAGUGAUAUGAAGAAUCAGGGUAUGUAUGGUAGUCCCUAUAAGUUGUACGAGUCUCUAAGUGCUUCAUAUCCUUCUCUCCUGCAGCCUCUGGUCCAUGAGCGUGAUACAUAUCUUGCAUGGUCUCUCAAAAGGAGCAAAGCUGUGAACAAGAGCAAGAAAGUACUUGGGGUCAUUGGAAAAGGUCACAUGAAUGGGGUUGUCUUCGCAUUGAUAUCUGAUCAGGGGGAUUUGCGGUUCCGCGACCUUGCUGGUGAAAAAUCGGGUCGGACAUACAAGAAUCGCUGGCAAGCUGAUUUGCUCAGGAGUUUACUCAGGGACACUAUUCUGGGCUUUAUACUUUGGUUACUAUAUGAGCAAUUGAAGACAACAUUAUAGUGCACAUCACUAUCAGAUUUCAAUAACUUCCAUCCUUGAGCUAAGUAUUCUGCUACUAAAUCUAUUUGAUGUGAGUAUUACUAGGCUUAACAAAGUGGGUGUUCAAUCAUUUGUUUUCAUUUCAUAUCAUUAACUGCUAGUGAACUAUUCUGGUGAUCAUCUGAUUGCCAAAAGAAUUUUCAGCAUCAGGUUAAGUAUUUUGUAUGAAGUUGAAUCUUUGAAAUGAAUAUAUUGCUUAUAUUUGUUGA